GUUCAAAAUGGCGGACUUGUUUUGAACUGAUCUUUGGAUAGGCAGUGUAAUUUACGCUAAAUGGAAUGAUAGAGUUCGAGUCAUAUUGAUAAUAUUAUUUUUAAUGCUUUGAAGAACAUAGGCCUGACAAUGGGGACCGCUGCAUCAGCCUCUAGAGAAGACAUCACGUACGACAACUCUGCUGUUCUGGUUAAGUCACUCCCAGCUCUAAACUCAAGGUCCCAAAUAGUGGAUGUAGAAAGUAACUCAGGUCACCAUGUCCAGGUGACAAAAGAUGGAUUCAUUCCUAGCGAAGUCGUGCUGACGGAAGGGGAGGAAAUAACUUUAUAUUGGGAUGAUGCUGUUGCAACAGCUACGAAUUUAGUUCAAGUUGUAAACGAUGGGGAAAAACUGCGGCCAGUUGUUGGAGGCUAUGGUGGUGUCAAAGGUCUUGAUGGGACUUUUAAGCAAAUGUUUAAUUUGGAAGGACAGUACAAAUUUUCAAUAAGUCAGAUACGCUGCACGCCAUUUACAGUGACAGUCAAGAAACGGCUGGACCACUUCAUUGAGGUUACAGAUGAAGGCUUUAGCCCAUCUGUUCUGCACAUUGGUCAAGGUCAAGUGGUCAGGUGGUCAUGGAAGUCUUGUUCCACCCCCCACAAGGUUACAGAGGUGUACUACAGUAUGGAGUCCCGGUGCUUUAGACAAGGGGAGAAGGAACAAAGCAAUGUAGCCACUAGCUCGGGGACACACAGACAACAGUUUAAGAAACCUGGUCUUUAUUACUUCCAGACUGAAAAACCAGAUUCAGACAAAUUUCAUUUAUGUAUAGUGCAUGUCAAAUAUACAUCCAAUGAGUAUAAAAUAGAAGUUCUUGACCAGACCUUUUCUCCCAUGAUACUUUUGGUGGAAGAAGGAGAUCGUGUCUGGUGGGAAUGGAACAGGGAAAAGUGCAAGAAACUUCACCAUAUUUACCAGAUGGAUGCACCAUCUUGUGAGGAGCAAGAGGAUUCCCCUUAUCAACCAACCCAAGAUGGAUUUAAAUGGCCACACAAUCCAAGUAAACAAGGUCUGAUGAGUCACAAGUUCACCAAACAUGGAGUCUACUACUACUCUGAUCAAAACUAUGAUGAGGCUGCCAUGUAUAUUGGUACAAUUAUUGUCAGGCCAAGAGUAAAAGAGCACAUAAUCCAAGUCAAAGAAAGUGGAUUUGAUCCAGACAUCCUGAGAGUAAACACAGGUGACCUGGUUUGGAUGUCAUGGCCAGAAUCCAAUGCCGGGAGAAUGAACAAAAUUUUACGCAUUGAUGAGGAACAAAAAGUAGUCAGUCCACCAGCUCCUGAGGCUGAUAAAAAACAGACAGACAACAUUGAAGAUGAGGAUUUAAGGCGGAUGACUCAAGCAGGCCUAGCUUUUGCUAACUUCAGCAACAUAGGAGUUUACACAUACAAACUCUGUGACAAGACAAACACAUUAGGCACAUGUUCUGUCAUUGUUAACCCUGGACCAAAGAAUCAUACAAUCUAUGUGACUGACAGUGGAUUUGAACCAGACGUCAUUACAAUCAGACCCAACGACAGAGUUUGGUGGAUGUGGCAGAACACAAAAAAACAGCACAACAUUGUACAGGUAUCUCAUGAGAUUGUGCCAAUUCCUGAUGGAUUUUGUAGCGGUCUACCAAGGGACAGCCCUUCAGCAUAUCACCACCAGUUUACUUCAGUUGGAGUAUUUUAUUUUCAUAGUCACAAAAUUCCUCAAAAGUUUGGGAGCAUUGUUGUUGCACCUCAGUCCCAUGUUCAUGAAGUAGAAGUUAGUAACAAAACUAGCCCUACAGUGACUGUAAAUGUCACUGACAUAGUGUGCUGGACAAGAAAUCCACCUGUCACCAAUGAUGUCAUUCAGCUAAAAAAUCUGGACAUGGCUUUCCACCCUCUGUCUGUUAAUGACCUACUACCCAACAAAAGAAGCUGUAUUGCAAAAAACAUCAAUGAGUUAGGCAUUACUCCAUUUUACAGUCUUUCCUUCAAGAAUUUGGACAAUAACAUUAUGGCUGUUGUUAGUGAUGAAAGGUGUGACUAUGCAAUCAUCAGAGUGAACAAACGUGGAUUUCACCCUAAAGAAAUAUUUUUGCAAAAGGGUAAAUCAGUUCUUUGGACUUGGAAAGAGACUGAUGGAGAACACAACAUAAUACAUGUUACCGACCCAAAAAACAACGCACAGCUAAAAGAAGUUACAAACAUUGAAGGCUUCAGUAGUGGCAGGAUUAUAGAGAAGAGCAGCUUUCUCUACACUUUUGAUAAAUGUGGAGACUAUGCUGUUGUAUCCCAGGGUGCACCUGGUUUUUCUUGUGUUGUACACAUUAAAGAGCCCAUAAAUCAAACAACCACACCAAAGAUUGUUACUGACUCUGUUGUACAAACUGCUGAUGGUUUUAAACGCUUGAAGCUAGAAUGUGAAACAAAAGAUGCAGAGAUUCACUACACAACAGAUGGGUCCCUGCCAGCCCUACAUUUAGACAACACAAUGCGUUACAAACCUGAUAAAGGAAUAACACUAAAAGAGUCUGGAGUCAUUAGAGCCAUUGCUGUGAAGAAUGGAGAGAUUUGUAGUUUUCCUCUCACAUCAGGUGUGAUAUGGGUGGAACCCAAAGAUGGUGUGAAAAAACUUUUUAAAGAGGAGAGUGAGGUACUGACUGAUGCUGAGGAGCCAGAAGACCCAGAAAAGCAGAGUUUGUGGGUCUGGUGGGGUUGUCGCCCCUACAUCAGAGGGUGUCUGACUGACCCAGGGACCAUCGAGGUGUUUUGGGAGCUGCCUAAACCACACAUUACUCAAGAACACAUUAAAGGGUACAAUAUAUUUCUGAAUGGCGUCUGCUAUUGUCCAAUGUUCCCUCCAACAAACAACAGUGUCAACAUCUCAGGGUUGGCUGGUGGCAGAUCCUACAAAAUUUAUGUCAAGGCUUAUCCUAAAGAUCCUCAGAAUGUAGCCAUUAAUUCCAACAACCUUCAUUUGAAAUGUCCUGUUGAAACUGAGGAAAUUGGGCCAGUAAUUUCAUUAGUUCAGACUGAAAAGAAAGACAGCAUUGCAGUUGUCUGGAUGUCGAUUGAUAAGCCUGACAGACACGUGAAUGGAUACCUUGUCUUCCUGAAUGAUCAACAGUGUGGACCAAAGCUGGUGCCAAAUCCCAACUCUAACAGGUGUAAAGUUGUGAUUGAAAGCUGCGAUCUCAAUGCUGUUUACAAGGUUUUUGUUAAAGCGCUGCUAACAACUUCUGAAAAAUCCUGUAUAUCCAACGUACUGGAGGUGAAGCUACCAUUAGAAACUGGCAAUUUUGUGUACCCACCUGAUGAGGAAAAAGAAGAUGGUGAAGAUAUCUACAUUGAGUAUCUUGAGGUGACUGAAGGUUCUGGCUACAUGUCCCAGAUGGAUGACCCUGAUAACCCAAUCUGGGAGACAGAAACUGACUCUACAUCUGGGCAGGAUGACUCAGAGACAGCCUCACAAAAGAAAACACAUCAAAAGAGAAUGCCUGACCAAGAUAAAGAUCAAGUAUUUGGUAAAGAAUUACAAAAAUCAGCAAACUUGAUAGCUGUAUCUGGACUGGUCAAGUCUGAUGAUCAGAAACCAACAGAUGAUUCUGUAGCCUCAUCAGAAACAGAAAGUGUGACACGAAUCCAAGAUGACCAGCCCACCAUCUUCUGGGAUGCCUCUAGAAACAUGGAGACAUCAGAUCAAACGCUAGCAAGAGAGGCUGAUUUCAGUGUAGCAUCAGCUUUCAAGGAAUCAGACAUGCUGGUCAAUUCAGAUGAGUUUAAUAGUCCAAAGUUUAAAGGGGCUGGUCUGGCUGUGAUCGAGGUGCAGAAAAAUCUGGCACCUGGUUUGAAAGAUGCUCCAGACUCCAGCAAGUCAUCUGAGGAAACAUCAAUGAUUAGAGUGAAUGAAGGAGAGUUUGUUCAAGCAACUAGUGAUGGGGUCUUGCCAGCUCCGGCCAUUAUGGCCAAGUCAUUGAGCAGAAGUAACAUGCUGAUUGGCUGGUCAAUGCCCUCAAAUAUAGACCCUCAGUACAUACCCAGACUUUUUGUUGUUAAUGUCAUUGGAACUAAAUUCACCAGCAAGAUAAACAGUGAUAUUAGCUUUGAAUGCAAUAUUGUUGAGAAUGGCAAGCAAGUGAGAGGGGUCCAGCACUGUUGGAACUUGGAGGACAAAUAUCACUGCAUGGUGCAUGGCCUUGUGGCUGGUCACACAUACAGAAUUUAUGUUGUGGGAAACUUUUCAUUGGCUAAAGAAGAUGACCCGUGUGAGAUCCAGACAACGUCAUCUGUCCUGUACUACACAACUGUAGGGGCACCAAGGGCCCCAACUAUCAGGGCCACAAGAGUUGAUUUGAACCAGUGUUCUUUAGAGUGGUUUGAAGAAAAUGAUGACAGUAAUGUCAAGGUCACCGGUUAUCAGCUGUAUGUGGAUGGUAAACCACUGGGUGGCAGACGCAACAACGACGUGAGGCAAAUGGUCAUUAACAAUCUCGUACCAGGGAAGACACUGAGCAUCUCUGUUGCUGCCCUCUCAGAGUUUGGUGGGGAGGAAAGUGAAUCAUCUCCGACCCUGCGCAUCACCUGUCCAGCAGUCCCACCUGUGCCCAUAGUCUCCCAGCAGCCAUCCUACAAGCGGGGGAGUGUCCUCAUUGCCUGGACCAAACCUGAGGCCCAGGACCAGAGGUCUAAUGAGGAAACAAUAACCUUUUACAGUAUUUUCAUAGACAACAAAUGGCAUGGGGAGGUGAAAGCUAACCCACAGAAUGAUAAGCAAGGCUACCAGUUCUAUCUGACAGACCUGUCAUCUGAGCAAAGUUAUGACGUCUCUGUCAAGGCUGUGGCUGGUGAGAGAGUGCUUGACACCAGAGCCCAACACAUUUACUGCCUGUCUGCAAGUCCCAUGUCCAACAUUAUCCCAGUGAUGGCCCCUGCUGCCCCCAAGUCACCAAAACUGAGACUGGAAGGUUUACACCCAGAGGGCAUUGACGUCACAUGGGUUGUGCCCCAGCAGUGCGGAGACGCUUACAUUUCAGGCUACCAGAUGUUGAAGAAUGGGAAGUUGUAUGGCUCAAUUAUCCCCCCUGAUGUCAAUAGCCUACGUAUAAGGGACGUCACUCUGGGUGAGAAGAUAGAACUGCAGCUGAUUGCUCUGACAGAGCAUCCAGUGGGAAAAUCUGACAGAAAAUCUGAAAUGGACAAAGAUUCUGGCAGAGGCUCAUCUCAGCAGGAUGAAAAAACAACAGAUAUAUUUAAUGGAGACCACUACUCUGGUUGUAAGCCUGGCCCAAAGCUGGUUGUCCAUUACACAGGGCUGGUCAGUGCACCUGUUGAGGUCUGGUGUGAAAAGGCAACUGGACAUUCACUGCUAAUCGUAUGGAAGAAAACAAGUGACUCUAAAGCCCAUUUCCUGCGGCCAGACAGUUACCAAGUGACAUGGUGGCCAGGUGACAGGCCACAAGAUGAGAUACAAAGUGACAGUACAACUGAAGACCAUCUAUUGAUUAGUGGCCUGAGACCAUCCACUGCCUACACUGUGGUGGUGGAGGCUCGCAAGAUGGAGAAGUACACAGACCUUGAUGAGGGCUUCUCUAUGAAUGAAACCCCUGACGGACUGAAUGCUUUCAUCCUGUCCUCCAAGUCGGAGCAGCUGCAUGUCAGGACAGCAAGUCCACCUGACCCACCAUCUAACAUAGGGGUCAUUGCCAUGACAUGUCAUAGUUUAAAGGUUGGAUGGGAUCCUCCUAAAGAACAUGGCUCAGAGAUUAUAGGGAUCCGUGUUGAAUGUGUAUCCAGAGACCACCAAGACAAACAUAUUGUUUCUGUAGACACAUUACCAGAUGCCACAUAUGUGGAUGUUACAGGGUUGAAUGAGAAAACAGAUUAUGUUCUCAAAGUCAUCGCUGUCACUGAAGAGUUCUUUGACCAGCUUCCAGACAAAAAUGGGUUGAAGGAGCGCCGAGGAUUUCCCCCAAAUGUUCUGGCAUCCAGUGAGGAAUCCUUGUGGCUACCCAGCUCCAGUAUUGUCAUCAAAACGUCUGGCACUGAAGCUCCUGGCAACAUCCACGUCAUCAAAGCCACCACAACAUCCUUGACCUUGAACUGGGUCCCUCCACUUGUCUACGGCUCAAAUAAAUUAACCGGACAAAUUGUGCGCUGGUCAGACGUGAAGAACCCAUCCUCCAAUGACAUUGAAGACUUGCAAAUAGCUAGUCAUGUUAAGCUACUUCCUAAUGAAGAUACCCUGACCAUAGAUGGCCUCUCCCCUGGUGGUCAGUACAAGAUCACUAUUGAGGCAGUGGUCAGUGUCAAAACCUCUCUGGACCCUGACCAGUGGGAUGGGCAUAACAUUGAGAAGAACCGUCGCACGGCCCAUGUGCCGUCCAAGCCAUUGGUGGCCAGGACAAGAGCCCCAAUAGAAUCUCCAUGUUUGCUUGUGACCUCCUACACCCAGAACAGUGCCACACUCUACUGGGAGAAGCCCCCGCUCCUGUCUGUUGUGGGAAAAGAUCCAGAAGGAAACCCCAAGUGUUUGAGAAGAUACCUGCUAGGCUACAAGCUUGAAAUCAAUGGCAAACUUCAGUCGUGUUUUGGUCCAGACUCCAACUCCUGCACACUGACCAAAUGUAAGCCAGGCCGGACCUACAAGGUCGUCCUGGUGGCCAUGACCUGUACUGAGCAGGACAAGAUCAAUAAAAAGCAGAAGUACAAAAAUAUCAAUAGUGAAGAAACAGAUUUCAUGACUUUACUACAAGAUGAUCCCAAUCUGGAUGAAUCACCAUCAGACACUCUUGAGAUCACAUUACCAAAAAAUCAGGAAGGAUUCAUUGAAUCUCUGGAAGCCAAAUUUGUGGAGCCAACAGAAGAAAAUUCUGGCUCAUUUGGAAGUAUAGAGUUAACAUGGAAAGUCCAGGGCAGUUCCAACCAGCCCAAACAGUUCAGCAUCAUCUGGUAUUCAAUGGAUGACAGAGUUAUCCAGACUAAGUAUGCUGGCCCAGACCAGAGAAGAUGUACAGUACCAGUCACAAGGCUCAAGACCAUGUACAGGAUGAAGAUAGAAGCCAGCUACUACACAGAUGUUCUGCCCCAACAUGGACAGGAAGUUCAGGUCAUGACCCCUGGACCUCCUGAUGCACCACAGAUAUUUCUCAGGUCUGUGGAACCUGAUGAGUUCUGUAUAGAGUGGGGAGAGCCUAGACUCUAUGGUGGUGUGGAGGUCAAAGGUUAUCAGGUUUUUCUAAAUGACAAGAAAGCUGGAGGUGACCUGAGUGCCAAACACACUAAAGCAACCAUCCCCUGUAGAGCCAACAGAACGUAUAGGGUGUGUGUUGUAGCAGUCAGCAGCAAGCCUUUAUACGGGGAUUCCCAGAAGUCCAACACACUGGUCAUUAACCCUAGUGGCCACAGCAGCUCUGGACUGACCCAUGAGGAGUCUGUGGUUGAGGAGCUGGGUAUUCCAGUCAAGAUUGUCAAGGUCACAGAGACCAGCAUUCAGCUAGACUGGAGUCAGUUCACGGAAACAGAUCAAGUGGCCGGCUACAAGAUACAGUGGAGUAGUGUAGCUCAACCUAGUCAAAGGGAGGUAAAACUGUCUAAAGCAGACACCAACUGUGUCAUCAACAAAUGCCUGCCAGGGACAACACACUUUGUUCGAGUUGUUGGUCUAGCAACCAAUGGGCAAAUCAUUGAAAAAUCUAAACAGCUGACAAUACAAACAUCUGCUCCUCCUGAUGCUCCGCAGCUGUCUGUCAGAGCUUGUAAUUUUCGCUACAUUGCCAUUCAAUGGGAGAAGCCAACAACAUACGGGGAAGCUUAUGUUGUUGGUUACAAGGUUUACGUGAAUGGUGUUGUGGAGGAAAUUUUAAAUGCAGAUCAGCUGAGCUACACGUACACGCAAGGGAAGUGGUGUAGGGAGUACGUCUUCCAGGUUCAGGCUUUAACUGCUGGGGACACACUAAACAGCAAACCAUCCGAUCCACUUGUUGUCACCUGGCCAGGUUCAAGGGCACCGUAUGUGAAGCGUCUUCCUUCACUGAGUAGUUCAACCUUGAGGGUCAGCUGGGAGGAGCCAUAUCUCACAGAAGGACUGAAAGUGAAACAUUAUAAGCUUUGUUGUGAAGAGGCUGGAACAGAAAAACUUGUUCAAACUGUUGGGCCAAUCCACCCAGAGUGCAGGGAAGGGGAGAUAAAAAAUCUGAAGAAGGGAGACUACAAUGUUUACUUGGAAGUUUAUCUGUAUGGAACAGACACAGUCAUUAGAUCUGAAUCUCUCUCCAUGCAACCUGCUGUUUCGCCUGACCCCCCUAGAAUCACAUUGACUGUUGUAGGUCUGGAUGACCGUAGACAAAUUGAAAAAUUUACAUGUGAUCUUGUCAACAAACGAGACAGGUUAAUUAGGCGAGUUGGACAUAAGCUGAAAAAACUUGGAACAUUGUCAUAUCCACUGAGGUCGGAGAAAAAUGAGGAUGUGGUACUCAGUGCUCAUGCACUCACAAGGAUAGAAGAACUGAUGGAGGAUUGUUUCAGUGCUUUGGACACCUGCACCGGUCAGCUGAGUGCUCUUGUAAGUUGGCAGUGCCCACAGUCCAACCCUGACAUCCAGAUUUCAGAGUUCAAAGUUUUGGUUGAUGGUAAACAAUAUGGAAGUCCGAUCCAUUCUGGCAUCAAAACGCUCAGAAUCCAGCUGGGACUGGAUCAGCCAAGCUACAAAAUUUCCAUGGUGGCAGCCAGCAGCAAACCUCAGGGUACAAGUGAAGAGUCCAAUGUCAUUGAAGUGCUUUCCACUCCCUUCAAGCCUUUUACAUUUUACUGCUAUCAUGGUAUUCAUAAACAAGAUGCUAAAUACCCAGCUAGUGGCUGCUGUAAAUUUCAAGAUUCUAUAGUAUAUGAAAGACAAGUGGCUAAAAAACUAGCCAAUCAGGGGCUCCUAAGCAAGCAAGUCCCACUUCCAUCUUGCAAUUUAUAUGACAUAUUUGAUGGAGAAUUCAAGCCACUAAUGUCCACACAUAAAAGAAGUUGCCCGACUGCCAUUUUGUUCUGGACACCUUGGUGUUUAGCCUCCCAGAAAUACAUGGACAGCUUUAUUAGAUAUGCCAGAGAGAAUACAGCAGAGAUGUCCUUUGUGGCUGUAGCCUGUGGCCCAUCCAAACCUGAAGAGAAAAAACUGCUGAGACACACAAUUACCACCAACAACUGGUUUGAGGAUAAAUCUGUCUGGCACAUAACAUCGGAAUGUGAUUCACAUUUUUAUAAAACUCAGAAUAGCAGAAGUCGUGACUCUAAGGUGGAGGCUGAUAAAACAGGAGAAAAACCCAUGGAUUUGGCAGAGCUGCUGGGCAUCGCUGGUGUUCCAACUUUGUUGUUCAUCCACCCUGAUGGAUACAUUGCCUGGCAUGGACGUUACUGUGCUCUUGAGUAUUCUGCAUUUGAAAGUUUUAUGAGACACACAGUGAGUGAGGUUCUCAAGCAGCCGUGUUUUGUCGCCAACUGUGACUGCUGUAAGAGUGACACAACCAUUGAUGAGGUCAUGGCCCUCCAGCUACCUAACGUAGUGGCUGUCCAGACUCGUCAUCGAGCUCAUCGUGCCCAGUCCCCGAGCUGCUCUAGUGAAUUGUCCUCACGUUUAGAAAUGAAAUUUGCUUCUCUCAACGGGAUCACAAGUAACGCGGGAGGAACGGAAAGAAUUUUUGUAGCAGAAGUUCCUAAACACAGAUCUCCUGAAUUUCGUAAAAAGAGAUCUCCAAGCCCACGCAUGCGAUCCAAGAAAAACAAUCUCUCGAUCAACAAGCGCCCCUAUUCAGCCUGUUGUGAGGCCCACAGCCUGGGUAUGCUGGAAAAGUCUCCGUACUUGGCAUGUGUGGCUCCACAUAUUCAUCACCCACACAAGGUGUUGCCACGACCAGCUAGUGCAAAGAAGUUAAUGCAUUAUGUCUAACAAAUUAAUAGCUCUAAUUAAUUAACUAAACAAUGAUAUUGUGAUAAACAGAAUUAAUGAAUAGCUCUAAUUAAUUAACUAAAUGAUAUUAUAAUGAUAAACAGAAUAAAUGAAUAGAUCUAAUCAAUUAACCAAACAAUGAUAUUGAUAUAAGCAGUAUGUUGGUGUAAUCAUAUCAUCCAUUUUAAAAAGCUUUAUUCAUAUGAUAAUUUAAAACCAUGCUUCAUCUAUAUUGUUGAAAGAUAAAGGGAAUUUCUUUUUAUCCCGCAUAGUAAACCUUUUUGAAUAUAUGCAGUAAUCUAUUAUAUAUAUAUAUAUACUUGUAAAAUCAGAAAGCUUAUAAGUGUUUCAGAGCUGCAUAGGCAUGUAUAUUUAGAAUUUAAAAAAAACGACUAAUCCUGACUAUUUUUAUCUGAUAGUCCAAAUAUAUUGUCAUACAUUGAAAAGUUGAAAAACCUGAUACAUUCACAGUAAGAGUAUUUUAAAUAAUUUUCCCUCAAGGAAUUAGUAUUUUUAGGUUUAUCUGCAUUAAUCAAAAUAAACAUUUAACCAUGAUUGCAAACAAAUAAAAUAUGUGAAAAGUGGAUUUUAAAAGACAGUGCCUUAAAGUAGGUGAAAUACAUGUGUGUGUACCUAACACUAACAGUUUGCUGCAUGUUAAAUGUUAAAAAAUUAAACAGCCCUCAUUACUCUGUGAUAACCCAUACUGAAAUUAUUUGAAACACUUUUUACAAUUCUAAUUCAUAUUUUUAUUGCCUACAAACACCUUUUUAAUAAGCUAUGAUCAUUCUGAAAAAAAUAUUAAUUAAAUAUAUAUCCGUCUGUAUGUAUUUUGCUGAGCUGUUCUUAAUGUUUUUUUAAUUAUGACUUUUAUUUAUUUUUUGAAAACAUCUUAAAAAUAAUUGUUUAUGUCUCAUUAAUGUUCUUUCUCUUACUGUGAUAAAAUGUAUUCAACAAUAAUUUAUUUUUCAGGUAAAAUUUGUGUUUUACAUGUUCUUGUAUCUCGCUGUACAUUUGAGAUUUGUUUAUAUUCAGUCUGAUUGGACAGUUGUAAAAUUAAAAAAUUCCUCUUCAACAUAGCCAUUUGUAAAAUAUUUUUUAAAAAAGAUCAUAAACAAAGUUUCUAAGAUUUAAGAAUGUAUUCACUUGCCAUUAGCUUUUUUCAGUCACAUAAUCAAAUUUAUUCCAACGCCAGUAACCUGACUGAAGGCAGAUCACUCUAACUUACUUGAUAUACAUGUUUUUAAAAUGGCAUCUCAGUAUCAUUUUAGGAAUUAAAAAAUAAUGUUUUGUCCAUCAUGUUAAGAAUCUUGCAGUCUUCUAAUUUUUCAACAGUUGCACUGAUUUAUUAUGCUUGUUUUAGUUUAGGUAAUGUACUAUUGUAACUCAACACAAAUUAUUUUAAGAUUUGUUUUCUAAUUAUAUUUUAUAACAUUUGUGAAAAGUAUCAAAACAACAUAUAAUGCAUCUUUUAAAUUGAUGUUUAUUUAUAUAAGAUAAAUAAAUAGAAUUUCAAAAUUCA